AACGAUAGCAGCAGUUCAUACCCAGCAGGUUAGUGCACCGUGGAAUAGUCAGCAGGAUAGUUCGUCAGACUGCUGUCCGAGUAAAGUGGAGCGCCGCCGUCAUACAGACAAACAGUGUUGUUACCCGGUGACUGCAUCUCGGAUCUCACACUUCAGUCUGUGACCAUCUUCGAGUGUAGUGCCACAGGAGAGAGAGUUACCAGCAGAAACCGUUCCGCGCGGAUAAUCGUGUGAAAGUACCUUUGUGCCGUUACAGUUGCACAAGCGAUGUAAAUAGCCAUGAUGAAUUCGGAGGUCCUGCAGGUGGUCCACGAGAAGGACCCCUGGAUCGAAGAUCCCAGCUGGAACACCAUCGAGGAGGAGGUGCCCGACAUCGUCGUCGACAAGAAGAGCAGGAGGAAGUCGUGGCACGCGAUCAAGUUCGAAAGGAAGAGGCGGAAGGGGGUGGUCGAGCCCGGCUCGCCGCCGGAGGCCCGCCAGAAGAGGCCUUCCUGGUGGAAUAUCUUCGGGGGACAACCGUGGCCCAGGUCACGUAGGGCAUCGCAGGACGGAGGAAGGGUUGCUAAAGAGAAUUUGCCAUGGAUGCGGAGCAAAAGCCGGAGCGUGGACCACGGAAUCUCUUCUCCCUUCGACCUCGAGGCCCUCCGAGCCAAGGUGGACAGCCAACUGGACAAGAACCUCGACAGAGAUCUCGACGGCUCGAGCAACAAUUUAACGGAGAAGAAGAAAACUGGACCGCCCGAAAAUACCACGACAUACACGGUUGCCGACAGAGACACACUGACUUCAGUAGCGGCCCGGUUUGAUACGACACCCUCAGAAUUGACCAAAUUGAAUAGAUUAGCGACGCCUUACAUAUUCCCCGGCCAGCAACUGUACGUACCAAUCAGAGAACAACCGGAAAAUGAGUCCGAAGGAUCGACCCCUGUAGAAGACUCGCACGAUGAUCUGCCUCCAGAAGAGAAAGAACUACUCGACAACCUGAGGCCCGUCAGCCCGAAGCCAGGUCACGUGGAGCGCGUCCGGACGCCGUCAUGCAACCAGAGCUCCACCGACCUGGACGAGGAGUCCGCGGUCUUCCGCGAACGCUUCCUCAAGAUCAACGUGAGGCACAUCACCGACGGCCAGGGCGUCGUCAGCGGUGUCCUCCUGGUGACGCCGAACGCCGUCAUGUUCGACCCGAACGUCUCCGACCCGCUCGUGAUCGAGCACGGGCCGGAGGCGUACGGCGUGAUCGCGCCCAUGGAGUUCGUGGUGAACGCGGCCAUCUACAACGACAUCGCCCACAUGAGGGUGGGCCACAGCGUCGAGACGCACGCCGCCACCGAGAAGCCGGAGAUCUACUACCCCAAGUCGGAGAGUAGGGGCGAGCCGGACUCGCUGCUGGUCAAGGACGAGACGUUCCCGGAGUUGGUUACCGGCGAUGAUGCUGAAUCUGUGUGUUCGUGUACAGAACGAGAGGGCGACGCUUUUCCGAAAGCCUUCGAAAGGGAGUUGGUCACUCCGACCAACAUCGAGGAAGAUCCGCACGAACACAGGUCACUCGAAGAAAGGAGGAAGAGUCUCUUGGACCAUCAUUGGGCCAUACCGUCGAGAGAUCGGCAGUCGAUAGACACGGACGAGAUGCCGACGAUCGCGUCGGCGAUGUUGCAGGAGGAUCAAAUAGACGAAGAAGAUAGUUUAAUUAAGGAGAGCUGUCACGAUUCCGGAAUUGAUAUUAGGGAAACCAGUAUCCCGCCGAUAGUCCCACACACCAAGAAAUACAGCGAUGCUGACAUUGUGCUUUCAAAAGACUGGGUGCCUCCAAUCACCAUUGCUCCCACACACGUUUCCGGUAGCAGCGACACCGAGAGCCCUGCCAGGAAAAAGACCAAUUCUGUUUCGUUUAGUUUGGACUCUAGCUCUGAAGCCGACACCGGCGUGCCGCUGUCGACGAGUUGCUCCGAGUCGAAGGAGGAUUCUGAAAAGGCUGACACUAGGAAAAAUAAGAUGUUAAAAAGACUGUCAUAUCCCCUCUCCUGGAUGGAAACCCUCGCCGGCGACAAGGAAGAAGAGAAGCCCCCCAACCACCCGCACUCCGCCGACGUGCACCACUCGUCGGUCUUCUCGAAAGUGUUCUCCAGGCGAUCGUCUGUGGGGACGUUCAUAAGACAACCGACGGAAACGAGUACGAAGUCGUCGAAGGCGCCACCACCUAAAUUAGACUACCGGUCUAUGGUGUCGGUCGACGAUAUGCCAGAGUUGUUUGUAUCGUUCGACAUGCGCUCUCCCAAUUACGGGCUAGAUUCCAUUGAGCUGAUACCUCGUCCGGCACGCUCCUGCGAAGAUCCACCUUUGUAUUUGCGCUUACGAAUGGGGAAGCCACUAGACAAGCCGAUUCCCCGCUCGACGCCUUUGAUGUCUUAUGGGAAGAAGAAGAUGCGGCCGGAGUACUGGUUCAGUGUGCCAAGGAAUAGGGUUGAUGAACUGUAUAAAUUCAUACAGGCUUGGGUGCCGCACUUGUACGGGGAGCUGAACGAGGAGCAGGUGAAAAGCCGCAACUUCUCCCUGGUGGAAAUGGACACUGAACUGUGGAGCGAAGAGCCCACACCUUCUGCUAGUCGCCAUGGUAGUCAAGACGGGGAACUUACCGAAAUAACCAAAGAGAGCUGGGAGCUAAUCAAGGCUCCUUACGUUAAGAUCUACAGCAUCAUCAAGACCCAGACAAUGUCGGCUGACGGCAGUGACGAGGUGAUACCGAUGUCUGAAGAGUACCGACGGGCGUUGUAUUCGUCGGCGGCGCCCUCACUCGAUGUUGAAUUGACACCACCGGACCUGGUAGGGUCCACCGAGAUCCUGACGGACUACCACAGGGAGGCUCUGUGUCGACAUCUGCCGGCCAGGGCAGAGGGGUACUCGUGGACCUUAGUGUUCAGCACCAGCCAGCACGGCUUCAGCCUUAACUCGAUGUACCGGAAAAUGUACAAACUUGAGUCACCUAUCCUACUGGUUAUCGAAGAUACAGACAAUAAUGUAUUUGGUGCUUUGACAUCCUGCGCCUUACAAGUUUCCGAACACUUCUACGGAACGGGGGAAUCCCUCCUGUUCAGGUUCAGCCCCGAGUUCCAGGUGUACAACUGGACGGGCGAAAACUUGUACUUCAUCAAGGGUAAUAAUGAGAGCUUGAGCAUCGGGGCCGGAGACGGCAAGUUCGGCCUGUGGUUGGACGGCGACCUGUACCUGGGUAGAUCGGAGAGCUGCAAAACGUACGGCAACGACCCUCUGACGCCGAAGGUGGAUUUCGUGGUGAAGACGCUCGAGUGUUGGGCAUUCGUUUCCAACUGAGCGAGAGCGGAAACGGACUGAAUGUGAUCAAAAAUCGAUUUUAAGUUAAGGCGUGCACGGAAGGAGGAAAGAUUCUUUUUCAUAUAAUAGACGGAGCUUUAGACGUAGUCAACAACACUACCGCACAACUGUUAUUAAAGCUUAUACUAGUUAUAACGGCUGCCGUUCACUUGUAAUCAUUUUUAUUUUACUAUUUUUGUAUCGUCUGUUACGCUUAAUUAGCUUGUUAUUUUGUGUUAUAGUGUAUGAUGCCGAUCGUGGACAGCAUGUAAUUGAAAGGCGGCGCGUCUAUUUUUAAUUGUUGUAAUAUUUAACCUUAUUAACCGUUGGAGUCGCUUUGUCACAUGCUGUCUAUCGUUUAUUAGUCUCCUAGUCAUUUUGUACUUCGAUAGAGAGGGGGCAGAGUGAAUGGCGGUUCGACUGUUGCGUAGUUAUAGUCAUUCUGUGUUGCUUUGGCUUAACAACGAAUGACAAGCUCAGCGGUGUUCUCCUUUUGUGUUGUUCUUUUUAUUUAUUGAGAUCUACGCAGCCGGAUACAGAGAUAUGAUUGUGUUGUAGCAAUUGCGAAGGUCACGUUGGCUGUAGUUUUUGUCUAUAUGUCAAUUAGGUGCGUAGAGAACACGCCAUAUCAGUUGUCAAUUUAAUGAUUUAAUGUUAGAGGCUGUUAUGCGGACUGCACAUUCCUACGUCUUUGUUGAGUGUUGAACUGAAACUUGUACUGUACCAAUUAGAGUUAAGAUUGGAUAGCCUUGUGGAUACGUUCAGCUUCUUAGCAUGAGGCGGCAGUCCGUACAUAUUUAACUAGAUUAGUUUGAUGUCUAAGUUGUGUACUAUAACAUUUAUCUAGAUGAUAUUUAUCUGUAUAAAAAAUCUGUAUAUAAAAAUUAAUAAUAUUAAAUAAAUAGAUUCUACA